ACCUCGUCUGUUUAGUUAGUUUCAGGUCCCAGUUCAUUUCAUUUUGUCAGUUCCGACCGGUCAACAGAUUCCAAGCCCAUUACACCCAGGUUCCAGCUCCAAGUGUUGCAUGGAGAACGGCGGAGGCAACUUGCCACCGGCUAAGCCGAAGGCCAGUCGCAGGUGCAGAAAAUGUCCAUCGACCAUGUCCUCUGUGCUCGGCAAAAGUGUUCGUAGAAUUUCUCGAAUGGAGGGGCCUCUGCCAAGACUGCGGAUCCUACCCGAUGACAAGGAAGGCACGGGAAAAGCCGUGAAUCUCGAUCAUAAUGAUGAGGUCCCAGCUGGGGGCCUGCGAUUCGGCAACAUGGAAUUAAUUAAUGACACUAAACCCGAUGCAGUUUCCAAGACAUCAACCGAAGGCGAGGUACCCACCGUCCCAAAGGCAGGAGGCUUGCGUUUCGGCGAUGAUAGUAGUUCAACUAACUUGCCUAUGACCACGUAUGAUGAGAGGGAAAGCGUGGAGUCUGAGCCCAGGGACAGCAUCCCGGAAAGCGGCUGCUGUCAUCGUCCAGAGGGACGAACAAAGGCCAGGAAUACUAUGGGUUUUGCUUCCUACAUGAAAGCCGCCACUCGCUGCUCUUUAGACCGGCAGUGCGACGAAGAUUGCGGCUAUGGCACUGGCUGCGCUGCUGAAUGCAGGGAUGACCAUGGCAUUGAACCGGAAAGCUUACCAGGGUCACUAACUAUUCCCAGCCUGGGCUUAACUGGAAUGGGUGGGCCAAGUGCUUAUCCAGGUCUACCAGCUCGGCAAAGUGGGUCUCCUGGUUAUGGCGAGAGGCAAGGAGGCUAUCCUAUUCCUGAUGGACGGAGCUCCUGGAGGGAUGAACCCUGUACAGACUCCUCUUGUCCCUGGCCCAAGCAUGAUGACGGCGGACAGCUGAACUUCUAUGUCAUGCUCCUCCUAGAGGUCUUUUGCGUGCUAAUCUUUUUUGCCCUCUGCACCAUCACUUUCUGGGUAACGUUGGUCUAUCACUUCGUCAAGCUGUUGGUGGAACUCAAAAACGCCGAUCGAAAUAUCCAGGUAGCAGUGGCCAUUGCGUUUGGCUUGCUGUUUCUUGCCUUUGCUAUUUGUCAUGUUACCAGCGGGAGAAGUGGUUGCUGUGGACGUUCGUCGGAAAGAUCCCAUCACUUUUGGUCCAAGGGUGGUAGCUGUCACAAGUGCAACGCCAAGUCUAAUACCCCAACCAUAGCAAAGUUUCUGUUAAAGAUCAAAAAGGUCCUUUCCUUCAGUUGCGGCAGCUGCAACAGUUCCAGCAGUUCCCGGAAGCAGAGCACUCCAUGCGGGGCCAAAAAGGAGGUGGCACGAUCCACUCGAAAGCCGCGAUACAGCGACUGUGAAGGUCGGGCCAUUUUUAUCAAUUCCAGACGCUAUGCCAUUCCAACGGAGAUGAAGCAGCCGCCCACCAUACUCAUCUGGCUGCUCGAUGUGGUUGGUCGCUAUAUGUAGUAGCAUCAACAGAGUAUAACCUAAAUGAAUCUAUCAGAUCAAUCAAAGCAGAAUACAAGGAGAAAUAGGACUUUAAACCAAGAUCAAAAACAAGGGUACUUGGUAACACAAGUCGGCACAAAAUUUGACGUCUUUUAAUAAAUAUAUCCUUUCAUACAAUAAAUACUUGUUAAAUAUA